AUGACGACGCUCCCACCGCCGUCCCUGUGGCGGAUGUACUUCCCGACCGCGACGGUCGAGGGCGAAGAUCCGUCUCCAGCCUCUGCCGACGAGGAAGCCCAUCCCGGCCGCCUCAUUCUCUACGCGCGGCUUCGUUCGUGGGUGCGCUCAUCGGGAGCGUUCGCUCUCUUGAGUGCGCAGGACGUGCUCGCGUCGCACGGCGCGGUGAGCGUCGCCUUCGCCGCGCUGCAGCGCGGCGAAGGGGCCCCUUUCCGCCGAUCCGAGCACCUGGGUUGCGGCGACCUUGCCUGCGCGGAGAUCCUCGAUGCCCUCGCGCUCGCAGUGCACGACCACCUGCUCGAGCGGUGCCCGCCGCCGCCCGAACCGGAGAACCUGCGCAGCCGCCUGCGCGCGAAGCGGCUGCGGAUCCGCGCCCAAGGCCUCGCGCCGCCCACGUCCAUCCGCUCGCUCAAGGCCGACAAGAUUGGAGCGCUGGUGUGCGUGCGCGGCUCCGUCAUCCGGGUGUCGCCGCUACGGCCGCUCGUGACGGCGAUGAGCUUCCACUGCCCGCGGUGCGGCGCGAAGUGCAGCAUCCCACUCGCCGACGGCCGCUACGAGCAGCCCGCCGGCUGCCCCGCCCGCGGCUGCCGCGCCAAGGCGCUGCUCGCCAACCGACGCCAGUCGUCCACGCGCGACUGGCAAAAGCUGCGGCUGCAAGAGGUGCCGGAGCCGGGAGCCGCCGACGCGCUGGCCGCCCUCGGCGCGGCGGACGACUCGUACGGCCGCGUGCCUCGCACGGCGGAGGUCGAGCUCACCGACGACCUCAUCGACUGCUGCGUGCCGGGCGACCACCUCGAGGUCGUCGGCAUCGUCAAGUCGAUGGAGGUGCCGAACGACGGCGGCUCCGGCCGGUUCGGCGGCGGCUCCAACCGGCCGCGCUGCAUGUACGUCCUCUACGUCGAAGCCGUCUCGGUCCGAAACACCCGCUCGUCGCAGCGCGCCUCCGCCGACGGCGCCGCCGGGGCGGACACCUCCGACGGCAGCCCUGCCGCAGCAGUCCCGGCCGCCAGCCUCGGCGGCGGCGAGGAGGGCGACGCGCGGCUCAACUUGACCAACCUCGACCUGCAAGCGAUCCGCGAUAUCGCGACGAGCCUCAACGUGUUUGAGCUGCUCGUCGGCUCGAUCUGCCCCUCCAUCUUUGGGCACGAGGUGGUCAAGGCGGGCCUCCUCCUCGCCCUCGUCGGCGGCCGCACUCGCACGCCCUCCGACCGCACCAUCGGCAAGCGCUCGGACAUCCACGUCUUGGUCGUGGGCGACCCGGGGAUGGGCAAGUCGCAGAUGCUGACUGCUGUCGCCGCGCUCGCCCCCCGCGGCGUCUACGUGUGCGGGAACACAACUUCCUCCUCGGGCCUGACUGUCACCGUCGUCAAGGACAGCAUCACGGGCGACUUUGCACUCGAGGCGGGCGCCUUGGUGAUGGGCGACCAGGGCUGCUGCUGCAUCGACGAGUUCGACAAGAUGUCGUCGGGGGAGCAUCAGGCGCUGCUCGAGGCGAUGGAGCAGCAGUCCAUCUCGGUCGCAAAGGCGGGUAUCGUGUGCUCGCUCUCUGCACGCACCGCCGUGCUCGCGGCCGCCAACCCCGUGGGAGGUCACUACAACAACGGCAAGACGGUCGCAGAGAACCUCAAGCUGCCUCCCAACCUCCUCUCGCGCUUCGACCUCCUCUUUGUGUUGCUCGACCGGCCAGACUCGCAGAUGGACCGGCUCCUGGGCCAGCACGUCAUGGCGCUGCACGGCGGCACGGCGACGCGAGGUACCGCCGGGCUGCUCGCGGACGCUGCUCCCUCCGCUUGGGCAGACUCGGAGGCGUACAAGGCUUGGAAAUCGGCGGAUCGAGGCGACGUGCCAAUCUCUGUCCGGCUGCGUGAGGGGGCCAAGGCGGCCGACGGCGACCCCGUCCCCGCGCACAUUCUGCGCAAGUACCUGUCUUACGCGAGACAGUACAUCCAGCCCGUGCUGCGCGACUUCUACCUGCAGCUGCGCCGGGACGGCGCGUCGGCCGAGUCGGUGCCAAUCACCUCGCGGCAGCUCGAGUCGCUGGUGCGGCUCGCGGAGGCCCGCGCACGGCUCGCGCUGCGCGAGGAUGUGACCGUGGAGGACGCGCGGGACGCCAUCGACCUCGUCAAGGAGACGGUGUACUUUGACACGCUGGCCGACACGAUCAAGAGCUUCGUGUCGUGCCUGGAGAAGGACGCGCACCAGCGUGCGGACGCCAUCUUUACGCCGAGCGCGCUGCGACAGGUCUUCGACGCGUCGGGCCUGCGGCUGCCGAGCACCCAAAGCUGGGAGGACCUGAUCGACCGGAUGAACUCGGAGAACUACAUUAUCAAGCGCCACGGCGUCUGGAAGCUUCAGAACUCGAGAUAUGCGCAGAGCUCCAAGUGGCCGACCCCGCCGGGAGGCUCCCACUCCUCCUCUGCACGGCGAUGA